AUGUCUGAUAAGACCCAAAAGGAUAUAUUCACGCUUUUCGACAGACAGGCCAAGGGCACGAUCUCGAAACAACAAUUAGGUGACUAUCUAAGAGCCAUUGGUUACAAUCCAACGAACGCGUUAGUGGAGCAGGUAGGAGAAGGUGCCGGUGACGAACUUUCGCUUCAAGAAGUCGGUUCUCUAGUUUCAAAACAUCAGGAGGCAUUAGAGAAGACCACUCAGGGCAAAGUCGAGGAUUUCAUCAAGGCGUUUCAGGUGUUCGAUAAGGAGAACACUGGUAAAGUGUCAGUCGGUGACAUUAGAUACAUGCUAACGGGGUUGGGUGAGCGUCUGUCAGACGCAGAAGUGGACGAAUUGCUCAAGGGCGUAGAAGUUGACGCUGACGGUGGUAUUGACUACAGAAAGUUCAUCGAGGAUGUGUUGAGACAGUAG